CGCACAGGGAGCACGGCGGGCAGUCGGUGCAGUGUGUCAGGCAGCGGAGGAAGAGGAGGAGGGUGAGGAGGAAGCACACUCACACACUCUCUGCUCUCUCACUAGGAGGAGGAGUCGGAGCAGCAGCUGCAGCGGCGGCGGCCUGAGCGAUAGGAUGUCCCGACAUGAAGGUGUCAGCUGCGAUGCAUGUUUAAAAGGAAACUUUAGAGGCCGACGAUACAAGUGCUUAAUCUGCUACGACUACGAUUUGUGUGCAUCUUGCUAUGAAAGUGGUGCAACAACAACAAGACACACAACUGACCAUCCAAUGCAGUGCAUAUUGACAAGGGUAGACUUUGAUUUAUACUAUGGUGGGGAAGCUUUCUCUGUCGAGCAGCCGCAGUCUUUUACUUGUCCUUAUUGUGGUAAAAUGGGUUAUACUGAGACGUCUUUACAAGAGCAUGUGACUUCAGAGCAUGCAGAAACCUCAACAGAAGUGAUUUGCCCAAUUUGUGCAGCAUUACCAGGGGGAGAUCCAAAUCACGUCACAGAUGAUUUUGCUGCCCAUCUUACACUUGAACACAGAGCUCCCAGAGAUCUAGAUGAAUCCAGUGGAGUUCGACACGUACGAAGGAUGUUUCACCCUGGCCGAGGGUUGGGUGGUCCACGAGCUCGCCGAUCAAACAUGCACUUUACUAGCAGUUCCACUGGAGGGCUUUCGUCAUCACAGAGCUCAUACUCUCCAAGCAAUAGGGAAGCAAUGGAUCCUAUAGCUGAGUUAUUAUCCCAAUUAUCAGGGGUGAGGCGCUCAACGGGUGGUCAGCUUAACUCCUCGGGUCCUUCUGCAUCUCAGUUGCAUCAGCUUCAGAUGCAGUUACAGCUAGAGAGACAGCAGGCACAGGCAGCACGGCAACAGUUAGAAACGGCACGUAACGCAACUAGGCGCAACAAUGCAAGUAGUGUCACCACCACAAUCACCCAAUCCACAGCAACAACCAACACAUCCAAUACGGAAAACAAUCAGCAAACAAUACAGAAUUCACAGUUUCUCCUCACAAGGUUGAACGACCCCAAGAUGACAGAAGCUGAACGACAGUCAUUAGAAAGUGAAAGGGCCGAUCGUAGCCUAUUCGUCCAAGAGCUGCUGCUUUCUACAUUGAUGCAGGAAGAAAGCUCCUCCUCAGAUGAGGAUGAGCGAGGGGAAAUAGCCGAUUUUGGGGCAAUGGGUUGUGUAGAUAUAAUGCCUUUAGAUGUUGCUUUAGAAAACUUAAAUCUAAAAGAGAGCAAUAAAGGAAACGAGCCUCCGCCACCUCCUCUUUGAUGACAUCCCCCUUUGCAGACAAUGUCCUCUGUGCUGUAACUGCCAAUGAAAGUGGACAAACAACUAUCUUUGGGUUUGUUUUGGUGAUUGUAAUUUCCGGUCUGUCACUCUUGUUACAUUGUGUACAUUCAAAAAAAAAUGUAAAAAAAAAAAAAUUUGAAAAGAGACAGAGGCAAAUAUAUAUGACAAAAUCACUUAACUAAUUUUUACUUCUAGCAGAUAUACAUAGGUAGCAGUACCAGAGGCAGCUGUCUGCUUCCUGUACCUUGACAUAAACAGAAAACAAAAUAAGGCUCUCCUAAUCUCCCACAUUCAAACUGAAAAAGGAAACAAAGUAUAUGGAAAAUCUCUAAUGAAGCUGCUGUGUGUAUUUAUGAAUAUUAAUUAAUAAAACUGCUUGGAUGGUUUACCAUAAUUACUGCAUGAGGUUUUUUGCAGCGUGCAUGAGGUUUUAGUGACAUUGUCAUUAAGAAAACACAAAAAAAGUCAAACUGGCUUAAAUUUUAGAUUAUAUUAAGCCAUAAAUCCCAAAGCUUUCCUAAACAUUAUUCAAAAGGUUACAGCACCUGACGACAUGCAAGGUUACCCUGGACUAGUGGCUUGUGGCUUUGGAUCUUUUGAAUAAUGUGUGAUUUAUUUUCUGCAAGUUCUACAGUGGCAUUAACUGAAUGUUUACUUGCCCUGUCAUCCCACACAACAUUUGCACAGUAUCGUUAUUAGUAAAAAAAAAAAAAAAAAAAAGCAGUUGUGCUAUAGACAAACUAUAAUUCAGUUGCUACUGGAUACCAUUUGUUCCAUAUCUGAGAAAUGUUAUUGGCUCUCAGAUCAAAUAUUGUGUUAUCCAAAAUGACUUAUUGAUUUAUUGAUUUAUCUAAUUUGUUCCAUUUUUUUUUUUUUUUUAAGGGAGUUUAUCGAGAUUAUCCUCACUGGAGGAAACGGCAUAAAAAAAAACUAUACUGGCCUGAUAAAUUUACUAUUGCUCCAGCACCGCCGUUCUUCUGAUUAACGCUAGUCUUUGUUUACCUUGCUGCAGUGACGGCAUGCCUAUAUACCGUACAUGUGUGACCCCUGCAGCCAGUGGCGUGUUCCCGCAGUGAACAGCAAGAGACUGCAUGUUCAGUAAAUGGCUGCAGUUUACAUCAGAGCACAUCAUUGUCUCAGCAAGGUGAACAAAGAUAGUCAAUGACCACUGGAGUGCGGUGCUGGAGUGGCAGCAGAUUUCUUUAGUAAGUAUAGCAGUUUUUUAUGUUAUCCUAUUUAGUAAAUUUUCCUCCAAUCUUGCACAACCUCUUUAGCAUUUCCUGUAAAAUGGCAUUACAGUUAACCCCACUGUUUGAAAUUGCACAAUUUGUGAUCCCUUAAACCAAUUUUUUUUCUGUGUUAAAAGGUUUGUUUGCUUAUUCUUUUUUUUAUGUGGUUGUUUAUUAAAAAAAAUUAGAAAAAAAAAAAA